GCAAGCAGAGGGCGGGGUGUGUGUGUGUGUGCCUCUUUCACUAGCAAAGGCUGAUAGAAUACAGGGCGAACCUUCAUUGAUGCUGGCAACUGCAACUGGAAUGCAACUGGGUUUAUUUGCUUAAUCACUGGGAAGGGGCCAAUACAUUUUGAGUCCAGUUUCCUGGAAGGCCUCACAGAAGUCAAAAACUUUGUAGAAAGCCACACCAAAACCCCUUCUGCAAUUCUAGCUCUCUUUUGUCUGUGUGCAUCUGCUGCUUUUUUGUAUGUUUUUGCUAUUUCCAGCUGUUCCUUUAAGAGGCUUUGGGCCUCUUGUGUAGGAAAUCUGUGGCAUGAGGAACAGCACUUUCUUUUCUGGUUGAUGGCAAGAUCCGUUCCUUUAACUGGAGAAUUUACUACAAUGCAGAAAAAGUUUCUGGACAACCUCUCACAUGGUGGAAUACCCAGGACCAUGCAACCGUCCCUCCAAAUCUUCUUCUUCUUUGAAUUUCUAAGGACAGUUGCCACUCUGGAGUAUGAAGUUUGUUCUGACAUUGGCACCAACUGUACUGGCAAUAUGAAGACCUGUGAUGAUCAAAAAAACACCUGUGUCAUCAUUUUAAUUCAUAGUACUCUAGAGGACACAGUGAUGCAGACUGUGGCCAAGGGGUAUGAAUCCAAAGAGGUCUGCAAAACUCUGAAAAGCCACCUGAAUAUGGGGCAAGGGAAAAUCCUGCAAGCAAGUUUGAUUUGCUGCACUAAGGAUGCCUGUAAAACAGCCAGACCUCAACAUGGCAUGCUUUGGGACUUGGCCAUGAAAGGCUGUACCACCAAGUCCACGUGCAAAUCAAUAAACCGUGGACAAAUGUCCAUUCUGCAAGGUCGCAAUACAGUAAUUAUAACAUCCAGAUGUUCACUGGCCACUUCUAAGGGGGUUUACCUCAAUAAAUUCUUCCUGCUGAACUUUGCUGGAUUCCUGUUUCUGCAGACCUUCUUCUAA